UUUGACACCAACCUGAAACUAAAACCUAAAACAAGAAGAAGAAAAAAAAAAAACGGAUACAAAGAUCAUAGAGCAACUUUAAGCAACUGGGAUCAGAAAACAACCAAGAUGAAGAAAAGAGACUUUAUUCUUCUCAUAUUGGGUAUCAUUCUGCAAACAUGUGUAAAAAGUUCUGUGGAAACAACAGAGAUGACCUCAACUAUGGCGAGUGGAACAUCAGAAUUCACAGUUACAUCAGAAUUCACAGUUACAUCAGAAUCCACAGCUGUCACAUCUCUCACAUCACAAAGUUCUUCUUUUGAAACAACUGUAGAAACAACACUGGGAACCUCAGCUAGUGUUAGUGAAACAUCUGAAUCCACAGCUGUCACAUCUCCAACAUCACAAAGUUCUUCUACUGAAACAACUGUAGACACAACAAUGGGAACCUCAGCUAUUGCGAGUGAAACAUCUGAAUCCACAGCUGUCACAUCUCCAACAUCACAAAGUUCUUCUACCGAAACAAGUGUAGACACAACACUGGGAACCUCAACUAUGGCUAGUGAAACAUCAGAAUCCGCAGUUGUCACAACUCCAACAUCAGCUAGUUCGUCUACUGAAACAAGUAAAGAAACAACACUGGACCCCAAAACUACGGCAAGUGAAACAUCUGAAUACACAGCUGUCACAUCUCCAACAUCACAAAGUUCUUCUACUGAAACAACUGUAGACACAACAAUGGGAACCUCAGCUAUUGCGAGUGAAACAUCUGAAUCUACAGCUGUCAAAUCUACAACAUCACAAAGCUCUUCUACUGAAACAACUGUAGAAACUACACUCGGAGCCACAACUACAGCAAGUGAAACAUCUGAAUCCACAACUGUCACAUCUCCCACAUCACAAAGCUCUUCUGCUGAAACAACUGUAGAAACAACACUGGGAACCACAACGAUGGCAAGUGAAACAUCUGAAUCCACAGCUGACACAACUCUGACAGCACAAAGUUCUUCUGUUGAAACUACUGUAGAAACAACAAUGGGAACCACAACUACAGCAAGUGAAACAUCAGAAUCCACAGCUGUCCCAUCCUCCACAUCACAAAGCUUUUCUACUGAAACCACUGUGGAAACAACACUGGGAACCACAACUACAGCAAGUGAAACAUCUGAUUCCACAACUGUCACAUCUCCCACAUCACAAAGCUCUUCUGCUGAAACAACUGUAGAAACAACACUGGCAACCACAACGAUGGCAAGUGAAACAUCUGAAUCCACAGCUGACACAUCUCUGACAUCACCAACUUCUUCUGUUGAAACUACUGUAGAAACAACAAUGGUAACCACAACUACAGCAAGUGAAACAUCUGAAUCCACAGCUGUCACAUCUCCCACAUCACAAAGUUCUUCUACUGAAAGAACUGUGGAAACAACACUGGGAACCACAACUACGGCAAGUGAAACAUCUGAAUCCACAACUGUCACAUCUCUCACAUCACAAAAAAGCACUUCUGCUGAAACAACUGUAGAAACAACACUUGGAACCACAACUAUAGUAGGUGAAACAUCUGAAUCCACAGCUGACACAUCUCUGACAUCACCAACUUCUUCUGUUGAAACUACUGUAGAAACAACAAUGGAACCCACAACUACGGCAAGUAAAACAUCAGAAUCCACAGCUGUCACAUCUCCCACAUCACCAAGUUCUUCUGUUGAAACUACUGUAGAAACUACACUGGGAACCACAACUACAGCAAGUGAAACAUCAGAAUCGUCAGUUGUCACAUCUCCCGCAUCACAAAGCUCUUUAGUUGAAACUACUGUAGAAACUACACAGAGAACCACAACUACGGCAAGUGAAACAUCUGAAUCCACAGCUGUCACAUCUCCCACAUCACAAAGCUCUUCUACUGAAACAACUGUAGAAACAACCUCGGAAACCUCAACUACGGCAAGUGAAACAUCUGAAUCCACAGUUGACACAUCUCUGACAUCACCAAGUUCUUCUGUUGAAACAACUGUAGAAACUACACUGGGAACCACAACUACGGCAAGUGAAACAUCAGAAUCCACAGCUGUCACAUCUCCCACAUCACAAAGCUCUUCCACUGAAACAACUGUAGAAACAACCUCGGAAACCUCAACUACGGCAAGUGAAACAUCUGAAUCCACAGCUGUCACAACUCCCACAUCACAAAGCUCUUCUACUGAAACAACUGUCAAAACUACACUCGAAGCCACAACUACGGCAAGUGAAACAUCUCAAUCCACAGUUGACACAUCUCUGACAUCACCAAGUUCUUCUGUUGAAACAACUGUAGAAACUACACUGGGAACCACAACUACGGCAAGUGAAACAUCAGAAUCCACAGCUGUCACAUCUCCUACAUCUCCAAGUUCUUCUGUUGAAACAACUGUAGAAACUACACUGGGAACAACAACUACAGCAAGUGAAACAUCUAAAUCGUCAGUUGUCACAUCUCCCGCAUCACAAAGCUCUUCUGUUGAAACUACUGUAGAAACUACACAGAGAACCACAACUACGGCAAGUGAAACAUCUGAAUCCACAUCUGUCACAUCUCCCACAUCACAAAGCUCUUCUACUGAAACAACUGUAGAAACAACACUGGGAACCACAACUACGGCAAGUGAAACAUCUGAAUCCACAUCUGUCACAUCUCCCACAUCACAAAGCUCUUCUACUGAAACAACUGUGGAAACAACACUGGAAACCACAACUACGGCAAGUGAAACAUCUGAAUCCACAGCUGUCACAUCUCCCACAUCACAAAGUUCUUCUACUGAAACAACUGUGGAAACAACACUGGGAACCACAACUACGGCUAGUGAAACAUCUGAAUCCACAGCUGUCACAUCUCCCACAUCACAAAGCUCUUCCACUGAAACAACUGUGGAAACAACACUGGGAACCACAACUACGGCUAGUGAAACAUCUGAAUCCACAGCUGUCACAUCUCCCACAUCACAAAGCUCUUCUACUGAAACAACUGUAGAAACAACAUCGGAAACCUCAACUACGGCAAGUGAAACAUCUGAAUCCACAGCUGUCACAUCUCCCACAUCACAAAGCUCUUCUACUGAAACAACUGUAGAAACAACAUCGGAAACCUCAACUACGGCAAGUGAAACAUCUGAAUCCACAGCUGUCACAUCUCCCAUAUCACAAAGCUCUUCUACUGAAACAACUGUCAAAACUACACUCGGAGCCACAACUACAGCAAGUGAAACAUCUCAAUCCACAGCUGUCACAUCGCCCACAUCACCGAGUUCUUCUGUUGAAACAACUGUGGAAACUACACUGGGAACCACUACUACAGCAAGUGAAACAUCAGAAUCGUCAGUUGUCACAACUUUCGCAUCACAAAGCUCUUCUGCUGAAACUACUGUAGAAACUACACAGAGAACCACAACUACGGCAAGUGAAACAUCUGAAUCCACAGCUGUCACAUCUCCCACAUCACAAAGCUCUUCUACUGAAACAACUGUAGAAACAACAUCGGAAACCUCAACUACGGCAAGUGAAACAUCAGAAUCCACAGCUGUCACAUCUCCCACAUUACAAAGCUCUUCUGUUGAAACAACUGUAAAACCUACACUGGGAACCGCAACUACAGCAAGUGAACCAUCUGAAUCCACAACUGUCACAUCUCCCACAUCACAAAGCUCUUCUGUUGAAACAACGGUAGAAACAUCACUGGAAACAACAACUACGGCAAGUGAAGGAUCUGAAUCCACAGCUGUCACAUCUCCCACAUCACCAAGUUCUUCUGUUGAAACUACUGUGGAAACUACACUGGAAACCACAACUACGGCAAGUGAAACAUCUGAAUCCACAGCUGUCACAUCUCCCACAUCACAAAGCUCUUCUACUGAAACAACUGUAGAAACAACACUGGGAACCACAACUACGGCAAGUGAAACAUCUGAAUCCACAUCUGUCACAUCUCCCACAUCACAAAGCUCUUCUACUGAAACAACUGUAGAAACAACACUGGGAACCACAACUACGGCAAGUGAAACAUCUGAAUCCACAUCUGUCACAUCUCCCACAUCACAAAGCUCUUCUACUGAAACAACUGUGGAAACAACACUGGGAACCACAACUACGGCAAGUGAAACAUCUGAAUCCACAUCUGUCACAUCUUCCACAUCACAAAGCUCUUCCACUGAAACAACUGUAGAAACAACACUGGGAACCACAACUACAGCAAGUGAAACAUCUGAAUCCACAUCUGUCACAUCUCCCACAUCACAAAGCUCUUCUACUGAAACAACUGUAGAAACAACACUGGGAACCACAACUACGCCAAGUGAAACAUCUGAAUCCACAUCUGUCACAUCUCCCACAUCACCAAGUUCUUCUACUGAAACAACUGUGGAAACAACACUGGGAACCACAACUACGGCAAGUGAAACAUCUGAAUCCACAGCUGUCACAUCUCCCACAUCACCAAGUUCUUCUACUGAAACAACUGUGGAAACACCACUUGAAACCACAACUACGGCUAGUGAAACAUCUGAAUCCACAGCUGUCACAUCUCCCACAUCACCAAGUUCUUCUACUGAAACAACUGUGGAAACAACACUGGGAACCACAACUACGGCUAGUGAAACAUCUGAAUCCACAGCUGUCACAUCUCCCACAUCACAAAGCUUUUCCACUGAAACAACUGUGGAAACAACACUGGGAACCACAACUACGGCAAGUGAAACAUCUGAAUCCACUGCUGUCACAUCUCCCACAUCACAAAGUUCUUCUACUGAAACAACUGUGGAAACAACACUGGGAACCACAACUACGGCAAGUGAAACAUCUGAAUCCACUGCUGUCACAUCUCCCACAUCACAAAGUUCUUCUACUGAAACAACUGUGGAAACAACACUGGGAACCACAACUACGGCUAGUGAGACAUCUGAAUCCACUGCUGUCACAUCUCCCACAUCACAAAGCUCUUCCACUGAAACAACUGUGGAAACAACACUGGGAACCACAACUACGGCUAGUGAAACAUCUGAAUCCACAGCUGUCACAACUCCCACAUCGCCAAGUUCUUCUACUGAUGUCACUCAUACAUUUUCUCAGCUAACAUCAGCUUCCACAACUGAACCAUCAACAGGUCUUUCUGACACAUCGGUAACUACAUCAGCCAUAUCAGAAAUGUCAUCAACAUCUGCUUCUACAACAACUACAACUACAGCUUCCACUACAACCUUGGGCACAGUUGUUACAGUGACAUUUAGUUUCACCACUGAUGAGACGUUCGAUAACGACUUGUUAAACUCAUCAUCAACUGCCUACAAACAGCGAUCAAAGCGUAUUAUAGAGGAGUUUGGACCAGCAUUUAAAAUCAGGUUCAGCAACUUCAUUGCCUUGAACAUACUUCGUUACAGAUCUGGAUCAACUAUUUCAGAGGUUCAGGCAAAGUUCAAUAAUAAUGCGCCUAAUGAUACUUCAGUCAUUGAAACAAUACAGCAGGCAAAUACCAGCUUUACACCUACAAAUGUCACAGUGAAUAGUCCAACAACAACAACAGCAAUGCCUACAACAGAGAUCACAACUAGUGUUGGUGAAACAUCUGAAUCCACAAUUGGCACAUCUCCAACAUCACCAGGUUCUUUAGCUGAAACAACUGUAGUAACAACACUUGAAACCACAACUAUGGCAAGUGAAACAUCUGAUACCACCGCUGUCACAUCUCCAACAUCACAAAGUUCUUCAGCUGAAACAACUGUAGAAACAACACUAGGAACCAUCACUAGUGUCAGUGAAACUUCUGAAUCCACACUUGUCACAUCUCCAACAUCACCAAGAUCUUCUACUGAAACAACUGUAGCAACGACAUUGGAAACCACAACUAGUGUUACUGAAACAUCUGUUACCACCGCUGUCACAUCUUCAACAUCACAAAGUUCUUCAGCUGAAACAACUGUAGAAACAACACUAGGAACCAUCACUAGUGUCAGUGAAACUACUGAAUCCACGGUUGUCACAACUCCAACAUCACAAAGAUCUUCUACUGAAACAACUGUAGCAACGACUUUGGGAACCACAACUAGUGUUACAGAGACAUCAGAAUCAACAGCAGUCACAACUCCAACAUCACCAAGUUCUUCUACUGAAACAACUGCAGAAACUACACUGGAAACCACAACUAGUGUUACUGAAACAACAGGUUCGACAGCUGUCACAUCUCCAACAUUACCAAGUUCUUCUCCUAAAACAACAGUAGCAACAACAUUGGGAACCACAACUAGUGUUAGUGAAACAUCUGAAUCCACAGUUGUCACAUCUCCAACAUCACCAAGAUCUUUUACUGAAACAACUUUAGCAACGACACUGGGAAUCUCAACUAGUGUUACUGAAACAUCAGAAUCAACAGCAGUCAACUCUCCCACAUCACAAAGCUCUUCUGCUGAAACAACUGUAUCAACAACACUGGGAACCACAACUAGUAUUACUGAAACAUCUGAUACCACCGCUGUCACAUUUCCAACAUCACAAAGUUCUUCUACUGAAACAACUGUAGAAACAACACUGGGAACCACAACUAGUGUUAGUGAAACAACAGAAUCCACAGCUGUCACAUCUCCACCAUCACCAAUUUUUUCUACUGAAACAACUGUACAAACAACACUGGGCACCACAACUAGUGGUACUGAAACAUCUGAAUCAACAGCAGUCACAACUCCAACAUCACCAAGUUCUUUAGCUGAAACAACUUUAGAAACAACACUAGGAACCAUCUCUAGUGUCAGUGAAACAUCUGAAUCCACAGUUGUCACAUCUUCAACAUCACCAAGAUUUUCUACUGAAACAACUGUAGCAACGACACUGGGAACCACAACUAGUGUUACCGAAACAUCAGAAUCAACAGCAGUCACAACUCCAACAUCACCAAGUUCUUCUACUGAAACAACUGCAGAAACUACACUGGGAACCACAACUAGUGUUACUGAAACAACAGGAUCCACAGCUGUCACAUCUCCAACAUCACCAAUUCCUUCUACUGAAACAACUGUAGCAACAACACUGAGAAGCACAACUAGUGUUACCGAAACAUCAGUAUCAACAGCAGUCACAACUCCAACAUCACCAAGUUCUUUUACUGAAACAACUGUAGAAACAACACUGGGAACCACAACUAGUGUUAGUGAAACAACAGAAUCCACAGCUGUCACAUCUCCAACAUCACCAAGAUCUUCUGCUGAAACAACUGUAGAAACAACACUGGGAAUCUCAACUAGUGUUACUGAAACAUCAGAAUCAACAGCAGUCAACUCUCCCACAUCACAAAGCUCUUCUACUGAAACAACUGUACAAACAACACUGGGCACCACAACUAGUGGUACUGAAACAUCUGAAUCAACAGCAGUCACAACUCCAACAUCACCAAGUUCUUUAGCUGAAACAACUUUAGAAACAACACUAGGAACCACAACUAGUGUUACUGAAACAUCAGAAUCAACAGCAGUCACAACUCCAACAUCACCAAGUUCUUCUACUGAAACAACUGUAGAAACAACACUGGGAACCACAACUAGUGUUACUGAAACAACAGAAUCCACAGCUGUCACAUCUCCACCAUCACCAAUUCUUUCUACUGAAACAACUGUACAAACCACACUGGGCACCACAACUAGUGGUACUGAAACAUCUGAAUCAACAGCAGUCACAACUCCAACAUCACCAAGUUCUUCAGCUGAAACAACUUUGGAAACAACACUAGGAACCAUCACUGGUGUCAGUGAAACAUCUGAAUCCACAGUUGUCACAUCUUCAACAUCACCAAGAUCUUCUACUGAAACAACAGUAGCAACGACACUGGGAACCACAACUAGUGUUACCGAAACAUCAGAAUCAACAGCAGUCACAACUCCAACAUCACCAAGUUCUUCUACUGAAACAACUGCAGAAACUACACUGGGAACCACAACUAGUGUUACUGAAACAACAGGAUCCACAGCUGUCACAUCUUCAACAUCACCGAUUCCUUCUACUGAAACAACUAUAGCAACAACACUGGAACGCACAACUAGUGUUACCGAAACAUCAGUAUCAACAGCAGUCACAACUCCAACAUCACCAAGUUCUUCUACUGAAACAACUGCAGAAACUACACUGGGAACCACAACUAGUGUUACUGAAACAACAGGAUCCACAGCUGUCACAUCUUCAACAUCACCAAGUUCUUCUGCUGAAACAAGUGUAGUAACAACGCUGGAAACCACAACGAUAGUAAGUGGAACAUCUGAAUCAACAGCUGUCCCAUCUUCAACAUCACCAAGUUCUUCUACUGGAACAACUGUAGUAACAACACCGGGAAGCACAACUAGAUUUAAUGAAACAUCACUGACAACAUCAACAGCAGUUUCAACCACAACUCCCACACAGGGAACAUCAACAGCAAGUGCAUCUGACAUAAGGAAUAUAAGCAUUACUACUAAUGACGAAUUUGAUCCUGCUCUAUCAAACACAUCUUCAGAUGCCUUCAUUCAACGUGCAAACCGUGUCAAAACACAGUUUGAACCAUCAUUAAAGAAAUUCAACAACUUUCACAGCUUAAUGGUGAUUCGUUUUAGGUCUGGAUCAACCAUCGCAGAUAAUAGGCUUUUUUUCAUAAAUAACAACAGUUCUCCCAGUAAUGAUGAAAUCAUUACCACGUUAAGGACAGCACAAACAGAUUUUAACGUGACUGGGGUUUUUGAAACACCAAAUGAAACUACUUCUACACCCACACCUACUACAAGUACAAGUACAACAAGUAUAACAACAACAGCAAUAAUGACAACAACAAAACCAACUACAACACCUGUGGCAACUACAACUACUACAACAAAACCAAUUACAGCACCUCCAGCAAUUAUAACUACAACAACAACUGCACAACCUUUAGCAACUACAACAACAAAACCAAAUACAACAACUGCAGCAACUACAACAAUUGCUGCAACUACAACUCUAACAAAACCAAUUACAACAACUGCAGCAGCUACAACAAUAAAACUAAAUACAACAUCUGCAGCAACUACAAUAACAACAAUACCAACCACAACAACUGCAGCAGCUACAACAACAAAAUCAAAUACAACAACUGCAGCAGCUACAACAACAAAUCCAACUACCACAACUGCAGCAGCUACAACAACAAAGCCAACUACCACAACUGCAGCAGCUACAACAACAAAACCAACUACAACAACUGCAGCAGCUACAACAACAAAACCAACUACAACAACUGCAGCAACUACAACCACAACAGCUACAACAACUGCAGCAGCCACAACAACAAAACCAACUACAACAUCUGCAGCAACUACAACCACAACAGCUACAACUACUACUACAACAAAACUAAAUACAGCAACUGCAGCAGCUACAACAACAAAACCAACUACAACAACUUCAGCAGCCACAACAACAAAACCAACUACAACAUCUGCAGCAACUACAACCACAACAGCUACAACUACUACUACAACAAAACCAAAUACACCAACUGCAGCAGCUACAACAACAAAACCAACUACAACAACUGCAGCAGCUACAACAACAAAGCCAACUACAACAACUGCAGCAGCUACAACAACAAAACCAACUACCACAACUGCAGCAGCUACAACAACAAAACCAACUACAAAAACUGCAGCAACUACAACAACAAAACCAACUACAACAAUUGCAGCAGCUACAACAACAAAACCAACUACCACAACUGCAGCAGCUACAACAACAAAACCAACUACAAAAACUGCAGCAACUACAACAACAAAACCAACUACAACAACUGCAGCAGCCACAACAACAAAGCCAACUACAACAACUGCAGCAACUACAACAACAAAACCAACUACAACAACUGCAGCAACUACAACCACAACAGCUACAACUACUACAACUACAACUACCACCACCACCACAACAACAACAACAACAACAACUGCUGUGCCAACUCGUCCUCCACCAACUGUUACGUUGGCUGUUGGUCUUGUGGUUGUUUAUGUUGCAGAGCUUAGUAAUCCUCUGAGUACUAUAUUUAUACAAUUGGCUGCCAAAGUGACUGAAGAGUUGGAUAAAAUCUAUUUCGACCUAUAUGGCCCUCGGUUCGUCCGAACAAUCGUUAAAGCCUUCAAGCCUCUCCAAACCAAAACACGUGCAGAUCAAAAAACAGAAGCAGAGGUCGAAGUGGUAUUCAAUGAUAACACUAUACAAGCUGUGCCAACUGGUGAAGAAGUAGCAAUUGCUCUUAAAACUGUUGUACAAAGUAGCCCUAACUUGAGUGCGCAAUUUGAUGCCAAUGCAAUCACUCUUGUCAAUGAGCCAUUCAUUAUCCCAGUGGAAUUUCUGACAAAUGGAACUUUUGUAUCAGAUCUAUCAAACAGUUCUUCAGAUUUGUUCAAAAAUAGAUCGAAUAUGAUUCAAAAAGGACUUGACCCUUUUUUCAUUCAAGAUUUCCCUGGUUCAUACAGCAUUUUAAGCUUGACGAACUACAGCAAUGGAAAUGCUAAACAAAAUUCAAUUCAGACCUUCAUGAACUUAAAUUUUGCCAACUCUGGUGGACCUCCCAACGUCACCAAAAUUGGGGAAACCAUGCUUACAGCAGCCAGAAAUAACAGCCUUCCCUUCCAAAUCUUUACCAGUGGCAUCAGAGUGAAUGGCACAUCUGUAGUAUCAUCGAGCGAUGUCAGCAGCAAGAUCAGUGUGUUCCUGGCGUGCUUCAUGGUAACUGUCUCGCUACUGUUCACGCGGCCCAGCUGAUGCUAAACCAAAUCCUCCAUUUAGAAACCUUUACCAGGUUUCACAAUCCAGUUUACCCAAUCAACUCUAUUUUUUUUCUCGUCAAAUAAUGUGUAUGCUUAAAAAGCACCAUAAGAACAGUAUCUUGAGAAUCUACUUAACCCAACCUGUAUGAAUGUGUAAGGACAGGCAUGGUCAGUAUUUGUAGCUUCAAUAAUUUUGUCUCAUUCAUAUCUAAGCUUGUGAUAGCCAUUUUAUAGGUGAUUCUUUUAAUUUUAAACCAAUAUUAGAAUCAACUUUUACAGCAUAAUGGAAUUUUAUUUCCCAUAUGAAAACCUUACAGGCUAAAAUAAUGAAGGAACUGUGGAUAAAACUUGUGUCUAGUGCCAACAAAUUUUUUUUUUUAAAUAAAAGUGUUAUGAGAUUUUUAUUAAUUACUGUGGAUAUAAACUAGAUGACUAGACUAGUCUUAAAUUAUUAUUUUUU